AUGGACUGGUCGUGGAAAUACGAACAGGUUCUUCUGGUUGCUCGCAACCAGAAGGUCACCAUUGUGCAACUCGAGAAGAAGGAUGUCGAGAUCGCUCGCGAACAGAAGACCAUUGUUGAGAAACUUGACAAGAAGAUUGCCAAGAUGAAGGGCACAGGAAGAAUCAAGGAGGAGAUCCGCAACUACACGACCAAGCGUGCUGAUGCCGCGAAAGAGACUGAGGACGCUGUUCUUAGACUCAAAGCUGAGCAGGAGAGGGCCAGCAAGGAGUUCGAGGAGAAGAUCAAGCAGUGCGAGAGAGAGCUCAAAAUGGCUGCAGAGGACGACGACAAGGAAUCUUAG